GUUCUAAGAUUUAACGCGAAUAGAUGUACUGGAUUCGAACCGUGAGCUUGCAUAAGCGUGUGAGUGUGAAAUUGCAUUGGAAUGAAAGUCCACUUUCCGAUCUCCGUUUCCAUUCCUUCCUAAGUCCCAACGACGAUCUUCCCCAUGUUUCUAACUCAGGAUCUCUCCUCGCUCUAUUAUGUCUUCUCAGACUCCGUAACGAGUGCGAGGUGCAAGAGAAGCGAAUUAGAGCAAUGCCGCGACGAGUCGGAGGCCUUGAUUUUGAAGUUGGUGGCGAUGGCGUCGAUUCUGGCGGCGGGGCUGGGGGGAAUCGCGAUCCCGCUGGCGGGAAAAUGGCGGAGGGAGGGGGAGGCGUUUAUGGCGGCGAAGGCGUUGGCGGCGGGGGUGAUUUUAGCGACGGGGUUCGUGCACAUGCUUCGGGACUCGUGGGAGGCGCUUUCGGACCCGUGCUUGGGGGGGAACUGGAACAAGUUUCCCUUCACGGGCUUCUUCGCCAUGGUUUCGGCGCUGUUGACCCUGCUCUUUGACUUUUUGGCCACUGGCUACUACCAGCGCAGAGAGGAGCGUGGGAAGAUAAAGGAUUUUGUCCAAGAGAACGAGGCGUUGUUGUUGGAAACGGGAAUAGUGGAGCUUGUUCACGCGCCGCAACCGCAUCCUCAUGACGUUCAAACUACCCUGCGCCACGUCGUCGUUUCGCAGGUAUUGGAACUAGGGAUUGUAUCACAUUCAAUGAUAAUUGGGUUAUCUCUGGGAGUUUCGCAAAGCCCUUGUACCAUGAGACCCCUAAUUGUGGCAUUAUCCUUCCAUCAGUUUUUUGAAGGAUUUGCACUUGGUGGUUGCAUCUCCCAAGCCCAAUUCAAGACCCUAUCAGCAACAAUAAUGUCAUGUUUUUUUGCACUAACAACACCAAUUGGUGUUGCUAUUGGGGCUGCUAUUGCUUCAAUUUUCAACCCUUACAGUCCAGGAGCACUCAUCACUGAAGGCAUCUUGGACUCCAUCUCUGCUGGGAUUUUAGUGUAUAUGGCUUUGGUGGACUUAAUAGCUGCAGAUUUUCUUAGCAAGAAAAUGCAUUCCAACUUUAGGCUGCAGAUAAUGUGUUACUGUUUGCUUUUCCUUGGGGCCGGAUUGAUGUCUACACUCGCAAUUUGGGCAUGAUCCUUUUCAAUGCUGCUGUAAAUUAUUUUUCAUUUUAUAUUGAUACAUAGGCGCUUAUAGCUUGAUUGUUUUUAGCUUUGUCAUAUUUCUUCCUGUAAAAAAUUAACUCGAGAAAAAGAUAGAAGAUACCCAAGAAUCAAGAUAGAUGGCUGAAAAGGGUGUGCUGACAAUUAAAGCACUCAAAAUAUGCCAAUACUCAUUAUACAAUUUUAAGCAUACCUGUAUAUAUUUAUCAGCCCAACUUACCUCAGUAGUUAGUUUAUAAAACAUGGUUCAGUAUAGCAUCGUUUAAUUCAACUUUAUAAAAUGAACCUUUCAAGUGA